GGAUUUCCUAAUCAUUAAUUAAAAUGAAAGCAAUAGGCUCAGUUUGCAAGAAGAUUUUCAAGAAGAAAAGAGAGACUGAUAUCGAUGCAGAAUUAUUAUUAGCUUAUUCUUUACAAUCGGACAAAGAGUUGACUAAGAUAGACUACUCAUCAGUGUUGGAGAAAGAGCAUUCCAUAACAGGUGAUCCAUGCCCCAACAGAGUUCCUACCUACAGAUAUUUCGAUGGGAGUUGGAAAGAAGUUGAUCCUCAGGAGGAAGAAUUCAAUUCAAUGAAUACAAAAUCUCUGACCUUCUACACUCAAAAUAUAUGGUUUGAGAGUCAUAAUGCAGCCGAACGCUUCGAAACUCUGGUCCAAAUGGCACUAGACACAGAUGCAGAUUUUGUAUGUUUCCAGGAAGCAACAGGGCCAUUCUUGAAGGAACUAACAGAAAAUGAGGGAAUUCGAAAGAAAUAUUAUAUCUCAGGCAAUGGUAUCAGAGGAUAUGGAGUAGUAAUAAUCUCUAAACUCCCAGCUUACUUCUUUGAGUUCAAGUACGAAUGCACAUCGAUGGGUAGAAGUCUCUUGGUCGGUGAAGUCUCUAUAAAUUCUGACGAGAAUGAAGAUUCUACAUUUUUAGUAGGAACCUCCCACCUUGAGAGCCUUAAUAACGCUGCUUUGAGGAAAGACCAAAUGGAGUACUACAUAGAUCCAAUUUUGGGCAAAUAUGACUCUAUAUUCAUGGGAGAUUUUAACUUCAUGUACCACUGGAAAAAUGAAGAGGAUACUCUAAACAGGGAACUCUUCAGCGAUAUGUGGGAAGAGCUCAGAGAUUCUUCUGAAGAGCAAUUUACUAUGUUCAAGACUCCAGAGUAUGCUGAAGUGACUUUCGACCACAUUAUUCUAUCACUAAAAUCUAAAUUUCGUCCAGAAUAUAUCGAGAGAGUCGGGAACUUCUCUUGAGAUGCCUACAAAGAACAAGAUCCAAAGGAUAUUAAUACUGAUGGAGUUGUCAGAACUCCUUCUGAUCAUCUUGGCUUGGUCGGAGUGAUUAAUCUCAAGGAGUAAAGUUUCGAUUGUUUCAGCUUAUUAUUCCAAAUAUUAGCCAUGAAAGCAUCUUU